CGUGCAAGCUUAAUUUACUCCCAUUUUCCUAUUAUUGAGCUGUAGUUAAAUUCCAGAAGGCUGUGAAUUUACCUUGUUAAUAUUUGGUCAUUUUUGUUGUGAUGUCACUUUCACAUUGUAGUUAUCUUUAUACGUAUUUGGGGAAUAACUCUGAAUUACACAGUAGAUGACAGAAUCGCCAUAACAGUCAUCUUUGCAGUAAUGCUUCUGUUGUGCUUCUGCAUCUUAAUUAAAGGGUUGACUGCUAUCAGAGAUCAAAAUACAUCUGAAAGUGGCUGGUUGUGUGAACAGAUUCAUGCUAAAUUAAUAGCUACAGCUGAUGUAUGCUAUUAUGUUGUACCUUCAAUGCAAUUUAUGCUCUUGUGUUAUGCUUUUGGAAUUUCAAGAAAUGCGUUUUUACUUUCUGGGCCCUUAAUAAUGGUGACUGUAUUCCAUUGGAGUUAUGUAUGUGAGACAAAGUUCAUGUGUAAUCCCCUCACAUGGAGGAUAAUGUGGUUAAUUUUCAUGUUUGUUUCAAGUUUAAUAAUGUUCUACUUCUACCUUACAACAAUGAAAAGUGAAAAAGAUUAUUUUGAAUGGGCCUGCAUGGCUGGAUUUCUCCAUUUAUUAUGGGCAAUGACAUACUUUCCAUAUAUAUUAGAUAAUCUGGAUUAUCCUCGUAAAGUCUGGGUGUAUCUGUUUGGAUCAGUUGGUGUUGUUUUAGUCAUCACUGUUGUAAUGAUGACCGAACUGAUACUGAAAACAGUAAACGGUAAACGUACAGUGGGGGAUCUGAGAAUCAUUGUCUUUCCUUCUGAAAGUGUCUUUGUCUUAUUUGGGAUGGCCGCACAAAUGUUAGAGUUCUAUAAAACUCGUGAAAGAAGGUCAGAGCUUGCUGCUCAGAACACAGCAGAAGCUCAUGAAACUUUUUCUGGACCAGAUGCUGGUAUGUUUCAUGAACUUGAGCCUCUUUCUAAUUCUCCUUCAGGAGACUCACAACAUCAGUUGGAGAUUUUUUCUAGACAUGAUUCUGGAGACCCAUGACUGAAUCUCUUUCUGACUGUGAACAACAUGCUGAGUGAUGUUUUUGAUUUUUAUAGCAGAUACAGGUGUUAUUUUUAACCCUCUGGGGUCUGGAGUGUGUUAUGGGCCCCGGGGAUGUUGACAUGCCUUAACAUGUGUGCUUUUUUCUGUUACCCCAUUUAAGCCCACCGGCAACUAUAGUUGCCACAGUGUAUGGUUGUCAUUUUCCUUUUGUAAGUAUUUUUCUAGAUGUUUUCCAUGUUUUAUGUCUCAAUGACAUGCAAGAAAACAACCAAAUAAAAGGAUUUCAAAGGCGAUGAAACUGAUCAGGAAGAUUAUUUAUAAAGCAAUCUUUAGUGGUAGAAGUGAUGGUUCUACCAUAUUUAUG